GGCAAUACGUGUCUCUCGUUUCCAUUGCAUUCAAUUCUGUCUGUCUUUUUCUAUCUUGAAUUUGUAAGUAACUAUGCCCUGGUUAUCACGCAAUAGCAGUCCCGCGAAUUCCAUUGGAGACAUGAUGGCAGUCCAAUCACCGAUUGUUGCCCCGGCGAAGAUAUCGCCAUCCUCUUCAAUGGCAGUCACAGUCAUUCCUUCGAUCAUCGAUCCUACAUGCGGGACAUCACCCGCUCAAUAUCGCCAUUCAACAAUGGAAGUCUUCUGGAACUCCAUGCACAUACUUUCUCGCAAUUUGUACUGCAUUCCCCAGAUGAUGGGAUCCUUCACUUUUAGUGUGGCCCAAAUGAUUCCUAAGAGCUCAGGGAGGGAUAUGUAUGAAAUGGGCAUUCAGUGUAUGUUAUGUAUCAUGGAGUGUUGGGCAAUGCUCAUGGUCAUACCGGCAUUCUUGACGAUGCCUGGAGCGAUGUUCAUGAUGUGUUGUCUGGCUAUGUGGGGGGUUAUGGUUGGGAUGUCAUGGCUAUUGAGAGGAAGAGAGAGAAUUUGUGAAAGUAUAAUGCCUGUUGGAGACUUUGGGGACGAGAAAUGGAUUUUUGUUAAUGGUAGUUGUACGAGCUACACUCAAAUGAUGCAUCAUCUCACUCGACUGAGUAUCAUUUUUCACCGCCGCAUGACCGGAAUCCACAAUCGCACCUUGGGGCUCCCUCUCGACCUUCUCUUUCACUUUCUCUCGACCGCCAUGCCCAUCCACCGCACUCUGUAUUCGCAACUUCGCGAAACUCUUUUGUCACCUAGUAUCCAAAAAGUAGUCAUUCUCUCACAUUCAACCGGUUCCAAGAUCGUCUCUGAUAUCCUUGAUCAACUACACGCCGAUCUGCCAGCUAGUUUAAUGGCGAAAUUGGAGAUCUAUACUUUCGGAGCCGCAGGUGGCUCUUUCUCGAAUCCUCUGGUCAAUUCGCUUCGUAUGGAACUCGGGGCUCAUGCAGAGAAUGAGAACACCAAUAUGAAAGUAUCUUAUGAACGUGUAAUACCCCAUAUUGAACAUUACCUUCCUCUUACAUCCUCGCCGCUGUCUACUAUGUCGAUUUUACACCCGGUCUUACAUACUCUAGACUCUCGAUUCUGCGGCCGAAUGUUCAUAUUGAAUGGGUUUCACCCGGUCUUGUUCGAGCAAUACUUGGAUAUGAUGUUCACUUGGCGAAAAUCCGGUAAUUCAGGUGAUGAGUCGGAGAAUCGAGGGUUUUGGGAUGAAAUGGUCAGAGUUGAUGGAGAGACAGCUGAAAAGAGAGAAUUUACAGCGGGUGCAAGAGGCGCAGCUGGUAUGGGAAAGGGAGAGAGAAGAUGGAGUGGGCUGAUGCAGAUGGAGAAGGAGGGAAAGAGAAGACCGGGUAGUUGGAGCUGGUCGAAGAUGGGGAUGGAUGGAGUAGGAAUGGUGAGGAGAGAGACGAAGGCUUUGGAGGGAAAGAGAAUGAGGGAGGUGGGGAGGUUGGGUGGUUAUGAAGGUGGUGAAAGACUAAGUGUGGGCUGGUUUGAGGGAAAAGGAAUGAUGGGGUUAGAGAAGAGGAUGGCGAGUGGUGGCCAGUAAAAUUAAGUCUAAGCGAUGAUCUAGGGACUGCGAAUGGAAGUGAAAGCGAUUUGGAGGGUUGGGAUGAAGUGGUAGUUAGUAAUUCUGGGGAUCCUCGUGGUUCUAAGGUAGAUAUCAAUGGAUGCAGCUCGGGGUUUGAGAGCAACGAAGAAGAAACCGACGUUGAUUUGGAUAUGUUAGUGGCAGUAUGGUUUUGACAAGGUCUGUUUCUACUUUUAACUUUUUAAUACUACGGAAAUAUGUAUUUGAACUCUUGCUUUCUGAUAGUACUAUAUUGAACCUAGCGUGCUCCGACUUUUAAUCUGAAUUUAUCA